GCUGGGCAACCAACAAUCUCUUGCCCGACCCAUUCGGCCACUGCUGUCCACUUGCUGUCCACUGGACAUCUUUUUUGCGUUCUACUAGCGACGAGACGGCGAGCGCUCGGUCAGCCAUCGCCCGGUCAGCUUCCUCGUGUCCGCCGCAUACAACUGUGCAUGAUCGCCGCCGACCAGAUCCCAGCCUAUCCCAGCCUCUCCUGUGUCUCCUCUCCCCAGCCUAGCACCGAUCCACCCCCCUCGACCCAUCACAGCCCGCUUCCACUCUCCUUCUCUCUAGAUCUCCCAUGCGAGACUUUAACAUCGUCGUCCUAGGCGCCGGAGGUGUAGGAAAGUCUGCCCUGACCGUCCGCUUCUGCCAAGAUGUCUUCCUCGAGACUUACGACCCAACUAUCGAGGAAAACUACCGGAAAGUGAUUCAGGUCGAUGGCACUCCCGCUCGCCUAGAAAUCCUCGACACAGCCGGUGCAGAACAGUUCAAGGGUUUGAAUGAGGGAUACAUCAAGGCUGGGAGGGGUUUUAUCCUCGUCUACAGCCUAACGCAGGAGGCUAGUCUUCGGGAGAUAGACAUGUUACGGCAGCAGAUUUAUGCCAUCAAGGGAGGUGACACGAACGUACCCAUUGUCGUCGCCGGUACUAAGAUGGAUCUUGUUAACGAACGAGAAGUUUCUAACGACACAGCACAAACUCUUUCCUCACGGUGGCACGCCCCUUUUUACGAAACGUCAGCGAAACGAAACUGGCAUGUCACCGAGACCUUCGAAGAUCUCGUCCGCCAGAUGUUAGCAAAAUACCCACACGACCCUAAACCAAAGAAGAAAGGCCACCCUUGCAUCGUCAUGUAGCCAUACCAUAUUAUUUGGCCCAUAUGUUUGUUUUGCAUGUCGGAAUACACCUUAUACCCUGUUUGUUGUGCACUCA